AAACGGAAAAUGCAUGAGAGUGGUAGCCAGCACUAGCGAUUUAACCACCGCAUGUGAAGCGACAUGUACGGGUAGGGGGAGACGACUCGGAUUUACAGGUUAAGACCUUCCUCCACCCUCCUUUCUUCCUCCUGCCAUCAUCAGCGUCAACGAAUGACAUGACGCACGCCCAAGAGCAUUGCCAUGUCACCCCAGUUUUCCGAGGUGCAGGCAGCCAUGAAAGAUCGUCGCCGACGUGACUCCCCCGCCCUUUCAUGGAUCUCCUUCUUCUGGUGCACCCUCUUCGUCGUCCUCUCUUCCGCCAUCCUCACCUCCCUCGCCACUCUCCGUCGCUUCUAUUCCCAAGAUCCGCCUCACCCGAGCGCCCUCCUCUCACGCCAAACCUGGGUCCUGCAAGCCAAAUCCAGCCACUCCUCCCACACUCCCGCUCUUACGGUUCGAGAAACGGUCGUGCUCCCGAAUCAGGCUCUUGUUUUCCUGAAUUACCCCCCAUCUUUCCGCUUUUAUACCCCAGAUGACAUCCAGUGCGUAUAUUCCUGGCCCAACUCCUCCACCACUCGCGAGCCUCCGCUUCAAAUAGAGCCCACCCAUGCUCGCGAGCACAUGGUUCGGUGCCCGAUCCACCCGCUCCGCCUCAACGUCUCCCUCGCCGUCCAAUCCAAGGUUUCUUUCCGUCCCAAUUACAAGUGGCACCCGCUCGUCUACGAGGCCCUGUUCGACAGCGACAACACCACCAUCGUCUUCGUCAAGGGCUUCAACCUUCGUCCCGCCAGAGAAGCCGACCCUUCCAGAUUCCAGUGCCUCUUCGGCUGGGAUUUCAACUCCCCCAAGUAUCUCCUCACCUCCGACGUCAUUUCCGUCGCCCAGGAGAUCAUCCGCUGCAGAACCCCUUCCAGCAUUCUCACUAGCCACCCCAGGGUGAGAUCUUCCUUCAAGGUUUCAGUCAGGGCGGUCGGCAGAAAAGUACUGCCCACCAUAGCCAUGCCAGGUCUCCGGCCUCGACUUGGCCCGCCAUCCCCGAAACGCCACGUAAUGUGCGUGUGCACCAUGUUACGGAACCAGGCCCGGUUCAUCAAGGAGUGGAUAAUGUACCAUACUCGAAUCGGGGUCCAAAGGUGGUUCAUCUACGACAACAACAGCAGCGACGAUAUCAUCGCCGUGAUUGCGCUCCUACGGCGAGCCCGAUACAACAUCACGCGCCACGUGUGGCCGUGGAUUAAGACCCAGGAAGCCGGGUUCGCUCACUGUGCAUUACGGGCACGAGACGUGUGCGAGUGGGUUGGCUUCAUCGACGUGGACGAGUUCUUCAACCUGAAAAUAGAAGAGAACCUGGAAGGAGCGAUCCUGCGGGAAACGAGCGAGUUCAAGAACGCGGGGGAGAUACGGACGAGCUGCUUCAGUUUCGGACCGUCGGGGCUGAAGAAGAUACCUCGCGAGGGAGUGAUGGUGGGGUACACGUGCAGGAUGGCGGAGAGGGAGAGGCACAAGAGCAUAGUGAGGCCGGAAGCGUUGAAUGAGAACCUGAUAAAUGUGGUGCACCACUUUCAUCUGAAGGAAGGGUACGUGACGGUGGACGCUGACCGGAGCGCGAUGGUGAUAAAUCAUUACAAGUACCAGGUGUGGAAGGUGUUCAAAGACAAGUUCCAGAGGAGGGUGUCCGCCUACGUGGUUGAUUGGAAGAGAAGAGAGAACGUAGGGUCCAAGGAUAGAGUACCCGGCUUAGGGAGCAGCGCGGUGGAGCCGCCCAAUUGGGCGAACCGGUUCUGCGAAGUCUGGGACACGGGUCUGAAGAACCGGGUAGUGCAGGUGUUCAUGGACCCGACCAAUCGUCUGCUUCCGUGGCAACCGAAGGAAGAGCUUGAGCAGCAUCUUAGGAAACCACGAAGGAGGAGACGAAGGCAGAGAGGAGUCUCCACCAAGCAAAACGACACCCAACGAACUUUCCGGGGGGAAAUGGUGAGCCAAGAACAAAGACGCAGCCCACAAGACCAAAAGAACCCAUCCAGAGAAGCAAAGCCAUUGGAAAAUGGAGACAACUUGGGCGGCAUGUUCAGCCCCAGAUUCAAAUCGGCUGCCGCUUUGGCUGGUUGGGACGAGGAGACCCUGCUAUUCGCCAGCCUCGUCGUCGAAGACACCCCGGACAGACCUCCUAAGCAUCGCAAACACUUUGAUUUUAACAUCAAGACUCCACCUGCCUCUUCAAGAAGGAAACGCAGAGCUCAACGGAGUCCACAUCCAAUCCCAGCUACUGUGCUUGACCUCGAACAAGAUGAAACUCCCGGAAAGGAUAUUGCCAAAAAGAAGAAAGAAAACAGAACCAGUGCUAACGAAGUGGAAGAGAAUAAAUUGACGCAGCAGACCUCUAGUUCUUCUUCUUCUUCAUCUCCUUCAGGAUCUGCUCUUCCCUGCAUUGAUAAACUCAGGGAGGAGCUUUCCUGCGCUAUUUGCUUGGAGAUAUGCUUUGAACCAAGCACUACACCUUGUGGGCACAGCUUUUGUAGAAAAUGCCUUCGAUCUGCAGCGGAUAAAUGUGGAAGAAAGUGCCCAAAAUGCAGACAACUGAUAAGUAAUGGACGAUCGUGCACCGUGAACACAGUUCUCUGGAAUACAAUACGGCUCCUUUUCCCCAAGGAAGUGGAAGCAAGGAAAGCAGCAGGUGCCUUGAAUGUUCGGGAAGCCCAGCGGGGCACGACUCCAGAAACAGCAUUCUAUGAUAGUCUCAGGAACCGAAGCACACGAACAUCUGAGGCACCGAGCAGAGGCACAACUAGUUUGAGGAGAAGAGGUGUCACGAGAAUUCAAGACGAGGAUGAAGAUGCUGCAUUGGCAAGAAGGUUGCAGAGGGAGGAAAGUUGGGUGGUUCAGAAUAAUAAUUCAAGCAAUCAGACUCCGUCAUCGUCGUCUUCAAGAGGGAGGUCAAGGAGAAGGAUAACGAGCCAAGACGAGGAUGCUGCUUUGGCUCUGACGUUGCAGAGGGAAGAGUUUAUGCAGGCUUUCAGGGGAAGCCAAGGGCCUUCUGACACAAGUGUGUCUAUGUCUUCAGCCAGAGCGAAUUUGAGGGCCAUGGCAUCCAGAGCCGUUAAUCUUAGAAUUAGAGCCCGAAAUCCCCUUUGAUUAUAUUAAAAGCUGCGUCAAUUCCCAUAUUUGACUCAGCCAAAUUGUUCAUUAACAUUGCUGCUGAAUAUGAUGUUUGACGUUAAAUAGCUGUCUAACGCCGCAAUAUUAUUUCUUUGAUAAA